AUGCAGGUAAGCGAAGGGGAAAACAGGACCGCUGUUGCAUGCCACCAGUGGGACUACGACAUCGCCAACAAGGGAGACAGCAUCGUGAGCCGUUUCAACCUGGUUUGCGACCGCAAGUUUCUCUACGACUUGUCUGCAGUCGUGCCCGUGAUCGCUUCUGCCAUCGUGGCCCCAGUGCUCGGUUUGGUAUCAGACCAUGUGGGCAGAAAGCCGGUGAUGCUAGCCUGCGCGUUCGGCCAAAUGCUCACCACUAUCGCAACAAGCAUCGCGGAGACGUACCCUUUCUUUGUGUUUACCCGGGCCCUGACAUUCGUGGCGAGCGACGUCACCUUCCUCACCACGUUUAUAUUGAUCCAUGAGGUCACCGGGGAUGCGCGUCGCUCGAUAUUCACGCUCAUAGACACUGCGGUGCCAGGCGUCGUCGUCCCGCCUCUAAUGCACGUGCUGUCUCUCCUUGAACCGCGCUGGAUGCUGGCCGAGGCGCUCAUCAUCGUUACCGGCGGACUGCUAGCAGCAUGGUGCUGGCUGCAGGUAGAGUCGCCCGCGUGGCUCAUCGCCACCUGGGACUUGCCUCGAGCCGAGGACGCGGUACUUCUGGCGGCCAAGACAAACGGCAUUGAUGUAACGAAGGCGCGGUCUACAUUUAUGGUCAUCAAAGAGCAGUUGCAUAAGCUGGGCAAGGUUUACGCCGCAGAUGCUCCGAUGGAGGCCAUCACGGAGUCCAUCAAAAUGCGUCGUCGUGCGGCCUCCGCGUUCCUGGCCAGGCUCGCGUUAGACGCCACCUACAUCGGCCUCAUGAUCAAAGACGUGACGACGGGCAUCCCCUGCGAGGCGGCACAUGUCGUUUUGUUGACGGCCUACUACGCCUCGAUCUGUAGCAGCAUGCGGAGAUACGGACUCCGGGAGACGCUGUCUGGUCUCAUGGUCAUCCUGAGUGCCUUCGCCAUUUUCGAGGCCAUAGCGAUUUUCACCGAACAACAGGCGGUCGCAAGUUUUCUGCACACGGGAAUGAAGGUGGCAGUCUCCGGCGCCAUGAGCGUCACACUCUGCUACACGGCCGAGACCUUUCCGACGGCAGUGCGGAGCGCCGGCAUCAGCCUUUCGCACUUCUCCGGCGGCGUCGGCAACGUCGUGGCCAUCGCCGCCAUAGCCCUCGGCGAACCGCAUGUGUUCUACGCGCUGUCGGCCUUUAUGGUACUGCUAAGCGUCGCGGCGAUCCAAUGGCUUCCCGAAGUCUUCAUCGAGAUACCGCAGCGGCCGCAAUUGCCUAGCGAGCUCAGCGAGCGUGAACGAAAAGCGGUGCUCCUUGCGUCGCUGGACUCCCGCAGGGUGUCCACGCGUAAACGCAGGGAAAACAGUCCAAGAGAGCAAUCCAAGCUGACGUAUUGA